CGGCUGCCCGCGGCGCCGUCUCUCUCGCCUCUGCUUGCUCGCGUGUUUCGUAAUUCUAGUUUUUUGGUGGUGUGCAGUGGUGUGAUGUUUUGGAGUUGAAGAAAUAAUAGAAUUUUUUAAUGAAAUUGUUGUUAAUCGUUGUCGGUUACUUUUCAUUGUUAUUUUUUACUUUAGAAACGUUUUCUAAAACAAUAAAUUAAGGCAAAACUCAUACUUAAAGUGUGCAAUGCAAAGGAUGAUAUAACCUGCAUAAACUGACAAAUUGUUGCACAUGUAUGGAUAAAAGCUAACAUUAAUCGACAUUGAUUACAUUUAUUUGUCGAUAUAUAUCAAGUUGGAAUGACGCUCAUGAAUUAGUUAAUAAUAUUUAAUUCAAGCAAUUAGACAAUAUAAAUUAUAAUAAGGUAUAAGUUGUUGGUUUUAAAUGUAUGAGUUAGACAUUUAAGAACGCUACAGAAAGUUUUAAAAAAGUAUUGUUGCCUCUGCUUAGAAGUAUGCUUGCUCACAUUCGACAGAGAGUAGUAUUUAACACGGUAGUGAAAUAUGGCAAACAAAAGAGAUACAGCACAUCAGCUGUUAGCGAAGUUAAGAGCGAAAUCAAAGACGCAAUAGAACCAGUGUAUUCGCCCAUCGAAGACCUAAGCUGGAAAGCUAAGCAGAAGAGAAACAAGCAAGCCUGGCAUGAUAAGAUUAAAGGCUUGGAAACUGUAGAGGAGAAGAUAUUUGAGAUCAAUAUGCCACGUUAUUAUGGCUGGAAGUCGUUGAUUCUCAAAGAACAUGUUAUACCAUACAAUACUUUAUCGCAUACACAAUAUUAUACAAGAACGCAUAUCGUCAAGGAAUCUGGUCUCCCAGCAUACUACAACAAUGUAAUUUCUACUGAGCAAUUAGAUAGGAUGGUGCAAGAAAUCAAGAAUGAUGUAGAAGAUAGUAUAAUUUUUGAAUAUUGUAGUAGAAAAAGAGAACAUGAAAGGAAACCAGAUAAAUUUCCAUUGGACGAAAAUAUUAAGGUUUUAGACAGGAAAAGCGAUAUGGAAGAAAUGAUAUCUAAAGCAUUGAUUCACAGAAUUAAUAGAAUGAUGCUGGUAUAUCUCGCCUCUGAAAAUCCUCAUUUAUUAUGUACUGAGGUUGAUUUUGAGCCGAGAUUAGAAGCAUCUUGGUUUAUGGGUGGUUUAGACCCUCCUAGUUUUAUAAAGAGAUUUAGAAAAUCAGUUCCAUUUUUGAAAGAAACUGUUGAUGACCCAGUAGAUUUGCCUGUCCAAUACAUUGGUCAACCUGUCAUGCAGUUGAGGCAUAAACAUCCUCUGAGAGAGAUCAUUCCCUUGAGUGAUUGUGAAAAUCCAGCUUUGGAUAUACCUGCAUACAAGUUCAACCCCCUGACACUGGGUUAUACUCUUGAAAUGAGACAUUUGACUAAUAUCCCUGGAUUUUGGCCUGGCAAUGAAAAUGAAUUUGGAUUUUUGUCAUAUCAUAAUUGCACGUACUUGCAAAGAAGGCCAGAAGAAUAUAAUGAUACAUCUACAGCACUCACCGUACAAGCAAUAUUAGCAUCUUACAGCUGGUUAUUAUCACAAGCUUGUUAUCAAGGUUUUUCUACCUUCAACGAUAUUACGUAUCCAUUAACCACUCAAACGGUUAUAACGAAUGGACAAUGGUGGUCGUUCUUUGUUUAUCAACUUAAUACCACUUUGGUGCAUUCUGAUUACGCGGAUGAAAAUCCGAGGCGCAAUGUAUGUUGGAUUACAGAACCGAUGAAAUUAUUUGAUAAAAUAGAAGACGAAAAAGUUCACGGUUUAAAUGAAGAAGUUCUCAAAACCUUAAUUAAGUUUUACACAAAUAUUCCCGAGAAAAGAACAGGGGUAGAUUUAAAACCAUAUUUAGGAAAAUCUGUGAAAGUAAUAGCCAACAUAGAAGAUGAUGAAAGAAGAAAUUGGCUUGAAAAACAAUAUAAGCAUCUUGUAAGCAAUAGGCCGAGACACAGACGAAUACCGGAAAUAUAUGAUUGGCAAAAGAUCUAUCUUCUUCGAUUUAAAACUCGUCCGAUGGAUAAAAAAAGGGAACCUUGGGAAUUCGGCAUUAAAAUGUACAAGCGUAGGUUAGAUGAUCAUAAAUCAGCCUAUAUACCAAAACAUUUACGAGAGAAUCCUAAAAAGAAAAAAAUAGGACGAUGGGCAAAGACAUACUACCCAUAAUUAAAAGUACGUAUAAUUAUGUUGUGAAUAUAUAAAUACAAUAAUAAUUGUGAAAGAUAA